UACAUCUUAUUGCGUAAAUAAAUUUUUAAACUCAAAAAAAUUUAUUAAGCAACGAUUAUCGUCUGACAUUGGCCCGAUGCGAAUGAUGCAAACAGAAUGUCGCUCGUAUCAUGCACAAGAAAUAGUUUACGCUCGCACUGUUGUGAUGCAAAAUUCUGACAAUUACGCCAAGUCUACAGCAAGUACACUGAUAGAAAAAGAUAUGCAGAUCAUUGAGGUAGAAAAAAUACUUGAAAAACAUUGGAGCAGUAUGAGCGUUUUAGAGAUGCUGCAAAACUUUGAAUUUUUAUCUUUCUUUGCCAAAAAAAAUACAGAAAAUAUAAGUGACCCCAAGUAUCAAGGGAUCAUUGAAGUCAUGACAAGCAAAGUUCCAGAAUUCUGUGAUAAAGACUUGCAAUUUUUACUCAAGUGUUUAGAAUUUUGGCAAUUAGAUGUAAAGAACGAAGCUUUCAAACAAUUGUAUUCAGCCAUUGACAAAGAAUGUUUAAACAGAAGAAAAAAUUGGAGUUUCGACGAAAUACUGUUAAUAAAUGACUUGUUUUUUAAUAUCAGAUUGAACAGAAUAGUUGAUUUCACUUGGGUUACUUUGAACAAACUGGGACGGAAACCUUGUCUUCUAUCCCCAUCUCAAUUGGUACAAUUUGCGUUUUGUUUGAAAACAAACAGAUAUAUACACUCUCCAUUGUAUAAUACAGAACAUGCCUUUGAACAAAAUUUUGAUAAUUUUACACUAGAUGAGCUGGGAAUAUUUGCAAUGGCUUUCGUUAAAUAUAAAUCAAGUAUUAAGAGCAAAGAUUUUGCAACAAGGAUACUGCAAAAAAUUACUAAUGAGAUUGAUUCCACAAAUGAUAUUACUCUUGUAGCAUUAUUAAAAACUCUGACAGUGCUUAAAAAGCCAGAUGACUUUGAAAAUAUUUAUAAAUUCAUUGAGGCACUAGAAACGCAAAUUGAUAAGAGGUCCAUAAAGGUUUUGGUACAUGUUAUGCUUUGGUUAAAAGAAUUACGUUUUGAAAAUACAGAAUUGAUGUCGAAAAUGUUAAACAGAUUUGAAAAAGAUUUGCCAAAUAUGAAUUUAGCAGACAUACAAAAAGUACUUUACACCUUAUUCACAUUUAAUUACGAUCCAAAAGAAACACCGUUUUUCUCCUCAGCUAUGAAUGAGGUUUCAAAACCAGAUAGAACACAAGAAAUCGAAAGAUUUUCAAAAAGUUUGAUCAGCAUUGUCCAGUCUGCUGUGAAUUUAAACUAUUAUCCAGAGAAAGCUUUAAAACAAAUAAUGGACCCUGAAUACACAAAACGACAUUUUAUACAUGAAUAUAGACUGAUUUCAGAAUACCUCAAGAUAGAUUACUGUAUAGAAAUCGAACAUCCUCAGUACGAUGGUCCCAGAAUUCAGAAGGAUCAAAUCAACUUGUUACUAAAAAGGCAUGGAAGCCUAUGUAGGUGGGAAGUAAGACAAAACAGAAAAGUUAUUACUCGAUUCUAUGUAGUGGAAAACUUUUUGUCUGCAUGUAAAAAAUUGUUUGGCUUUGAAUCAGCUGUGCACGAUGACAUCCUUUUACCGCACUUAGCUUUGCCACAUUUUGUACUUUGUUAUGAUCCUGAAACAGAAAAGUAUGUUUCACCAGGAGAACAACUGUCAAAAAUACCUACAAGCGAAAUUAAAUAUGCGCCAAAAGACGGCAAGGAGUGGUAUGUCAUAAUUAUAACACCAGGGCUUGUAUAUAUUAGAAAUACUCUUAAACCUACAGGCUUUUUAGCCAUGAGGUUGAGGCAAUUGAAGCGUAUUGGGUACGAACCUAUUGUGAUUCCUAUGGCAGAAUGGAGUAGGAUGAAAGAAGAGGCGGAAAGGUGUGAAUACAUAAAGAAACUUUUGCCUAGACAACCAUAA